UCCAGCCUUCUCUGCAGAACAGAGGGAAACAACUACCCAUAUACAUCUAUGUGGGGGGAAAAUGCUGAGGUUCCCCUUGACAGCGUUGUGUCUUUCGUGGACUUUGUUCAUCUGCAACGUGAGCAGGGGUUAUGCACAGGAAAGACAGGGUUACCUGGUCACCGCGCCCUCGGUACUUCGGGCGGGUGUGGAGGAGAGCGUGAGCGUUACCAUCUUCAACGUCAAGGUGGAGACACGUGUCCAGGUGCAGCUGUCCAUGAAGGGAGAGACGAUGGCCCACGGCCAUGGCACCGUGCUCGACAAAGGCAGCAUCAAACUGAAGGUGCCCCCCGGGCUGAGGGGUCAGGCCCAUCUGAAGGUGUGGGGGAACCGCCAGCUGACUGAGGGGGGCUACAUCUUCCACAACUACACCACAGUCACAGUGGAAAGCAAGGGCACGGCUGUCUUCAUCCAGACCGACAAACCAGUCUACAAACCUAAACAUAAAGUGCUCAUUAACGUGUACACAGUGACCCCUGACCUCAGGCCCGUCAAUGACAAGAUCGAGGCGUAUGUUGUGGAUCCAAGAGGGUCCAGGAUGGUCCAGUGGAAAGCCCUGAAGUCUGUCUGUUGUGGGGUCGUCAACAUGAGUUUCCCUCUGUCGGACCAGCCGGUGUUCGGAGAGUGGUUCAUCUUCGUGGAGAUGCAGGGCCACACCUACAACAAGUCCUUUGAAGUGCAGACGUAUGUGAUGCCCAAGUUCGAGCUGGUUAUUGAGCCACCACAUUAUAUCCGAGAGCUCAACUCCUGUGAACUGGCCACUGUCCGAGCCAGGUACACCUUUGGGAAGCCAGUGACGGGGAAGCUGACAGUAAAUAUGACGGUGAAUGGAGUGGGCUACUACCGCCACGAGAUGGGCCAUCCCGUGGUCAAAAGCAUGGAGAUAAAAGGCUCCGCAACCUUCAGCUUGUGUGUGAAGGACAUGAUGCCCGCUGACAUGGCCGAUCACUUCAGGGGCACGGUGAGCAUGUGGGCGUCUGUGACCAGCGUGGAUGGAAGCAGGCAAACCACGUUUGACGACUCCACACCCGUCAACAAGCAGCUCAUUGACAUCAAGUACUCCAGGGACACGCGCAAGCAGUUCAAACCCGGGCUGCCUUACAAAGGGAAGAUUGAGGUGACCUAUCCAGAUGGGAGUCCGGCUGAUGGGGUGAGGGUGCGGGUUAAGGCAGAGCUGACCCCCAAGGACAAUGUGUACACCAGCGAGCUUACCUCCAAAGAUGGACAGGCUGUGUUUGAGAUUCCCUCCAUCCCCACCGCUGCCCAGUAUGUCUGGCUAGAGACCAAGGUGACAUCCAUUGACGGCAAGCCAGUCGGAGACCAGUACCUUCCAAGCUAUCUGUCCAUCAGUAGCUGGUACUCUCCCAGCAAGUGUCACAUCCAGAUCCAGAGCCCAAGCGCUCCACUCAAGGUCGGCCAGGAGGCAGAGAUUGCUCUAAAGUCCACCUGUCCCUGUAACUUCACCCUGCACUACGAGGUGGCGUCCAGGGGGAACAUUGUUCUGUCGGGUCAGCAGCCGGCCAACCUCACGGCCUCGUACCGUGGCAGGCGGGCAGCUGUCACCUUUGACAAGAACAUCCACACCACCCACGUUCCUCCCUCCGCUUCUGGUUCCUCCCCCCUGGCAGAGAUGGAGAUCUGUGUGUCGUAUCUGCGCAUCCCCGUCAGCCAUGUCAUGGCUCCCCUCAGCCGCAUGCUGGUCUACUACGUGAGGGAGAACGGCGAGGGCGUCACAGACAGCCUGCAGAUCCCCGUCCAGCCUGCCUUUAAGAACCAGUUGACGGUUGCUCUGUCAGCCAACGAGUCGAUGCCCGGGGAACCCGUGAGCAUGCGCGUGCGAGGAGAGAGGGGAUCCUGUGUGUGUGUGGCCACCGUCGACAAGAGCCUUUACCUGCUGAAGCCCGACUUCCAGCUUACUCCGGACAAGGUGUUUCAAGAGCUAGCAGAUUUUGACGUUUCAGAUGCGUUUGGCAUUCCCAAAGAUGACGGGCACUUCUGGUGGCCUGCGCUUUCUUCAAGGAGACGGAGGCGGUCCUCUGUGUUUCCAUGGCACUGGGACAUCACCAAGGAUGCACGCUUUGCUUUCACAGAAACGGGGCUGGUGGUGAUGACAGAUAUAGUGAGUUUAAACCACCGGCAGAGUGGAGGGAUGUACACGGAUGAGGCAGUUCCUGCCUUCCAGCCCCACACCGCCACCUUAGUGGCCGCCAUGCACUCUCGCCCAGUGCCCAGAACGGAGAAGCGCAGGCGGACAUUCUUUCCGGAGACGUGGGUGUGGCACUGCCUCAAUGUCAGUGCUGAAACUGGGGAAGCAGAGCUGCGACUGGACGUGCCGGACUCCAUCACCAGCUGGGUAACGGAAGCCGUUGGCCUGUCAGAAGAAAAAGGGCUGAGCUUAGCGAAGAGGACGGUGCUGCGCACCUUUAAGCCCUUCUUUGUGGACUUCACAUUGCCUUACAGCGUUAUCAGAGGAGAACAGACCAAAGUGCCGCUCACCGUCUACAACUACCUGCCGGCCUGCGCUGAGGUUCACGUUAAAGUCUCGGUCCCCAAGGGGAUUAAAUUUGUGGGCCACCCGGGAAAGCACCAUCUGACAAGGAAGAAGUGUGUGGCUGCAGGGGAGGCAGCGCCCACAUCCAUAGUGCUGUCCUUUACCGAACUGGGAGCUGCUAACAUCACAGCCCGUGCCAUUGCCUACAGUGAACCCAGCUGUUGCUCAGAUGGGCUCCAGACUGGAAAAACGGCCAAUGAUGUGGACGAGAGAAGGACUCCCACAGGCAUGGACUAUGUCCGAAGGAGUGUCCUGGUGGAGCCAGAGGGCCUGCCCAGAGAAUACACCUACAGUGUCUUCUUUUGUCCCAAUGAGAGAAUCCACAUCUCCACCCCCAACAAGUAUGAGUACCAGUAUGUGAAAAAGCCGGCCAGGAUGACCCAAUUCCAGGUGGCUGUGAAGACCCAUAAUGAUGCCCACAUCGCCCUCUCUGCCAGCCCACACGACAGUGCGGAGUUACUGGAGAUCAUACUGGGGGGCAGGCAGAACACUCGUUCCUGGAUAUCCCUGGGCAAGAUGGGGGAGCCCCUGGUCAGUGCUCCGACGCCAGACAUCCUCUCCUGGGAUGAGUUCCGCAGCUUCUGGAUCAGCUGGAAGGGAGGUGUAGUGCAGGUGGGCUACGGUCUGCAGCCGACCAAUGAAUCCCUGAUCCUCCAGUGGACAGGCCCUCUCCCUGGCCAGAUCCGUCACAUAGGCUUCUCGACAGGUUGGGGCUCAGUUGGGGAGUUUAAGAUCUGGAGGAAGGAAGAAUCUGAUGAGAACCACAAUGAGGCAUUUACCCUGGGGGUUCCUCACAAUGUGGUCCCCGGAUCGGAGAGUGCCACCGCAUCUAUGAUUGGGGAUGUAAUGGGGCCGACCUUGAAUAACCUGGACAAGUUGCUGCGGCUGCCCUUUGGCUGUGGGGAGCAGAACAUGAUCCACUUUGCUCCCAACGUCUUCGUUCUCAAAUACCUGCAGAAGACGAGGCAGCUCAGCCCUGAGGUGGAGAACGAGGCCACUGACUACCUGCUGCAAGGCUACCAGAGACAGCUGACGUACAAGCGGCAGGAUGGGUCUUACAGUGCCUUCGGGGAGAGGGAUUCCUCUGGCAGCAUGUGGUUGACAGCGUUUGUGCUGAAAUCCUUUGCUCAGUCACGGGGCUUUAUCUUCAUUGACCCUGAGGAGCUGCGCACUGCCAAGUCCUGGCUGAUCAAACACCAGCGAGACGAGGGCUCCUUCCCCGCCAUGGGACGCAUCCUCAACAAAGACCUGCAGGGAGGGAUCCACGGGAAGAUCUCGCUCACAGCUUAUGUGGUCGCCGCUCUCCUGGAGACAGGGAUAACCACAGAGGAAGAGAAGGUGUCAGUGGCCAAGGCCAAAGACUUCCUGGAGAGCAACACAUACUCCACAGAUGACCCGUACACCACGGCGCUGUCCGCGUAUGCCCUGGCCCUGCUCCGAAGCCACUACGCCCCCCUGGCCCUGCGGCGCCUCAACCACAUGGCCAUCACACAAGAUGGCUUCACCCACUGGAGCCUGUCUGGCAGCACGGUGGCAGAUGAAGACACCUUCAUGGGCUUCAGCGAUGGCCUCUCUCAGUCAGUGGUGUCGGCAGAGGUGGAGAUGACAGCCUACGGCCUGCUGACCUACACGCUGUUGGGGGAUGUGGCCUCUGCCCUGCCUGUGGUCAAAUGGCUGUCCCAACAAAGGAACGCCCUCGGAGGCUUUUCUUCUACACAGGACACGUGUGUUGCUCUGCAGGCUCUUUCCGAGUACGCCAUCCUGUCCUACGUGGGCGGAGUCAACCUCACCAUCUCCCUGGCCUCCACUAACCUGGACUUCCAGGAAACCUUUGAGUUGCACCGAGAGAACAAGAAGAUCCUCCAGAGUGCCAGGAUCCCCAGUAUCCCUACAGGCCUUUUUGUCAGCGCUAAAGGAGAAGGCUGCUGUCUCAUGCAGAUCGACGUGUCCUACAAUGUGCCUGACCCCGUGGCCAAGCCAGCCUUUCAGCUUAAGGUGGACCUGAAGGAGCCUGUUCAGGAACGACACUCGCAACCAUCUUCCUCCUCCUCCCCUUCCCGCCACCUGUCUUCCCGUCCCCGGAGUCGUGCAGACAACCGGUCUGAGCUGAACCGCAAACGGCGGGCGACCGCAGACGACGAAGACCCAGCAGCUCACCAGGACAGCAUGGACUUCCGCAUCUCCUUAGAGGCCUGUGCCAGGUGGCUCCACUCAGGCUCUUCCAACAUGGCCGUCUUGGAGGUCCCCAUGCUGUCCGGUUUCCGUGCAGACAUUGAGAGUCUUGAGAGGCUGCUGAUGGACAAGCGAGUGGGCCUGAAGAGAUACGAGCUAGAUGGGAGAAAGGUGCUCUUCUACUUCGAUGAGAUCCCCAGCCAAUGCAUGACGUGUGUGGCCUUCCAGGCUAUCCGGGAAUACAUAGUGGGCAAGACAGCGCCUGUUCCGGUCAAAGUCUAUGACUACUACGAACCAGCGUUUGAAGCCACUCGAUUCUACAAUGUAAGUGAGAGCAGUCCACUUGCGAGGGAGCUGUGUGACGGGCCCACAUGCAAUGAGGUGGAGAGCUCGACCAAUCAGUGGAUAGGUUUUGUGCAAGGGAACCAAUGUAACAAUGUGUUUGGCUGCCUAGAAGAGGAGCAGUUUGAGCGGUGCACCUGCUACAGGGACUGCGGCUAUGACGGGGAGCCGGUCUGUGGGUCAGAUGGCCAGCUGUACCAGAACCAGUGUCAGAUGGAGGUGUUCGCCUGUCGAAACGGGACGCGAAUCGAGCAGGUCCCCCUGUCCCAGUGUCCUCAGAUGGAGACUCAGUUGGAGGACGGGCAGCCGGUAGCGGACCAGGAGGCGGAGCAGACUCCGGGGCCCGAGAACACGGGUGAGGAAGAGCAGGCCUCCAUGGCGGAGGUGUCCUACUACUCUUACGAGUACGACCCAGAUUCCGAGCCUUUCCUCGCCAAUGCAGAGGGUGAGGAGCAUUUGGAGCUUCCUGCCGAGGAAGAGGGGGCAGAGCGUAGCAAGGGGACGGUUUCAGCAGACGCACAUCUAACCAUGUUGGACACAAAAAACAACCCUGAGCGAUGAAAUGCAGCCUGACGACGGGGCCUCCCCCACCUCCAAAUUGUACAUUAUUUGUGAAUAAGUUAGCGUGAGUGGAGAGAGGAGAGACUCAGAAGUUGGCCAGCCGGAGAGGUGGACACCACAGGGAUCUGGAGUGUGUGUGUGUUUUUGUGUGUGUGUGUGUGUGUGUAACUGUUUGUAAACCAGCGUCCUCCAGACCUCUGUUGCUCGUUCUGUCGUACUUCCUGUCUUCCUCGUCACCUUUAGACAACAUAGCGUCUUUGCUCCUCACCAUACUGCUUUUUGUAAUCACUAGAUGAGAUACUCAAGUAUUUAUGUUUGUAAUUACACCUGCAUUUCAGCAAAAUGUUUUGUUAUAUUUUCUAUCUGUGGUAUUUAUUUGUAGCAAGAGCUUGUGUUGUUUGUUUGUUUGUUUUUUUUUUUUUUUUGUUAAUCGACAGUUUUGUUUGUCCUUGCCUGCCUAUAUUCUCCAGUUUUUGCCCUGUCGGCUAACGCUACUUUCAGCUCAGACAAGAUAUUCGUUGCAAAAGAUUUUUUUUUGUUCAUAAAAGCAAGCUUUAACCCAAUUAUUGAGAUUUUUUGAUGAAAUUCCUGUACUUUGUAUCCUGCUGGAAGAAUACAUAUGCUCCCCAUAUGCUCUGCAGAACCAUAAGCUCGUGUUGUGACUGUCGUAGCGAGCUAGCUGCUAGCAGCUAGUUGCUAGCAGCGCUCCUCUCCUCCCACGUCCCGCUCCGCUCAUCCGUCGCCUUGUUAAGCAGACAGGGAUUUGAUUGUACAGUUCAUAAGCUAUUUUGUUUAUUUUACUUGUGACAUUUUUGAUUCCUGAAGCAACCAGCGUGAAAAGAAAAGAAGAAAGAAAAAACGAGAAUGAAGUUUGGAAUUACUGUAAAUGUACCAGAUUUGAUUCCUCUUAUCCCCUCUCUAUAUGAAAUCCAGUGCUUUUCAGACGAACAAGAAUA